CUUUGUGUCUUAUCUCCGGCGCCAAGAAGCCUCCAGCUCCGGCCGCUGAGCCAACCAAAACGGAAGCCAUGGCGACCACGUCGACCACCCCGUUCCACCGUCUCCUCGCCCAGGCCCGGUCGAACCCCGCCGCGCGCCUCCAGCUCUACACCCGCGGCCCUCCCACGCUCUCCUUCUCCCGCGCCAUCUCCUUCCGCCGACGUCUUGCUGCCGCAUCCAAGGACACCGCCAGCGACAAGGGGCAAGAGCAAGAAUCGUCCACGGCAGCGGGCGGAGCCGCGGAUCCCGCAGAGAAGGAAACACCUCCGGAUGGGAAGACCUCGGAUGAAGUGGCGACGGAGCUUAAGGAGGUGAUGCGUGCGCGUAAGGAGGCGGAGGUCGCCGCAGGCGGCGGUGGGUGGUGGGCCGGGGUGGUGCAGGAGAUGACGGAGAUCGAGUGGCCGGCGCCGGGGAAAGUUCUGGGCACCACGGGCGUCGUCCUCGGGAUCAUCGCGGGAUCCACGGUGGCGCUGCUCUCCGUGAACGCGAUCCUCGCCGAGCUCUCCGACCGUGUCUUCGCUGGCCGGGGCCUUCAGGACUUCUUCUAAGGGUGACGUCGCGUCAACUUGUCUCCGUUUAUCUUUGGGAAGGAGUUUUGGCUGACAUUUAAGUGUUAACUACUCUUACUCCGAGAAGAGAAACCUACCUGAGUUUCUAUGUCGGUACCACAGAGUAAAGCUGGUUAAUUCAUUUGAUAAAUCUGAUGAACUUA